AAGGAUUUCAGAAGGUGCUGUGGGGUUGGUGAUCUGAUCUGUUAUUUCUCAGUUUACGAUGAGAUUGAAUUGUGGGCAGUGUCCCUCAUGCUGACACCAAAGCACAGGAUUUAAAUCACCCUGCACAUCCAGUAAUAGCAAUGAUCCCCAUCACAGAGUUUUUAAGAGUGGAAUGGAGUAGCCAUGAACGGGGAUGCACAUAAUCAAGAUUCGUCCUCCCAGAUUCCCAAUUGGAAGGAGUUCUGUGAACUUCAUGCUCAAUCUGCCGCAGUUGACUUUGCUCAAAAAUUCUGUCAGUUUUUGAGGGAGAAUCCCCACUACAAUGCUCCUGGGGCAGAGACGUCAUUCUCUCAUCAUUUUGCCGCCAAUUUUUUAGACUUCUUCAGUUUUGAGGUCAGCAGGGUAUAUGUGUCUGAUUCACCAACAAAAUAUAACAUUGUUCCAUUUGUAGGUCUUCAAAACUGCCAGGUGCCUUUUGCAAGGGAUUUUGUGUGCCGUAAAGAAGAAACGUCAACAGAGUCAUUAGACAGCAUGGAUAAUCCUGUUACAAAUAGAUAUUUAAGUCGGACUCAGGCUCGAGUUCAUAAAGUUUCAUCAUAUGGUCACUCACGCAGUUCUGAGGAUGUUUCAGUUCAUGGGAAUACAAAGCCAAAGUUCAAGAAGGGAUUUUCUUUGAGAAAUAUGAGUUUAUGUGUGGUAGAUGGCAUGAAGGAGAUGUGGCAUAGAAAAUCUUCUCCUGAACCAAGUUUGGAUAACGAACAAAUUAAACGUUCAGAACGUGAACUCUGUUCUGUAGGUAGCAAGGAACAGGUUGAGCCAAGAGAAAAAUGGACUCACAAAUUAAGACUCUCAAAAAUGCAGUCAUCAAAAAUAGAUAUUGUUGACAUUCAAAGAGAAGGAACUCUCAGGUACAUGGUAGCAGAUGAUACAAAUUGUGUUAGUAGUUCUCAAUGGCAAAAAUGUCGGUUGCUCUUAAGAAAGGCAGUGAAAAUGGAAGGAGAAAGAUUUCUACUUGAGUUUUAUGUGCCUCCAAAGAUUUACAGAUCUCUACUGUCUUUGCAGUCUUCAAAACCUAUAGUAAGCAUUCCACUCUCUGCAAUUAUUGAAGUCCGGACUACGAUGCCUUUGGAGAUGCCAGAGAAGGAUAACACAUUUGUACUAAAGGUAGAAAAUUCAGCUGAGUACAUAUUGGAAACAAUUGACUCUCUUCAGAAGCAUUCUUGGGUAGCUGAUAUACAAGACUGUCUAGAUCCUGGAGACAGUGGGGAUGACAUAGAACUUUCUUCUUGUGAGCAGGGUUUGUGUCUACCAAGCAGGGUCUCAUCAUGCAGCUGUGAAUUCCUAGCAGAAGGAAUGUAUCGCCAUCUGGAAACGUGUCCUUCUGACACCACAGCCUGCUCUGCCGUUUUCCUUCCUCCGCCAGCAGUAACCCCUCGGAAAAGAAGCAGGGAUCAGGCAUCUGCAGACCACCUUGUGCAUGUUCCGCUUGAACAUUUUCUACAGACUUUGGAGUCUCCAGCUGCUAACCAUUUGCCAGUGGAAGAUGGUGAAAAGGAACUGGAGAUAAAUCUGUCUGACUUCCCAUGGUUCCAUGGCACUUUAUCACGGAUUAAAGCUGCCCAGCUUGUUCUUUCUGGUGGAUCAAGGAGUCAUGGACUGUUUGUCAUCCGCCAAAGUGAAACACGCCCUGGGGAAUAUGUUCUGACCUUUAACUUUCAAGGCAAAGCAAAACAUCUGCGAUUGUCUUUGAAUGAAAAUGGUCAGUGCCACGUGCAGCAUCUCUGGUUCCAAACAAUAUUUGACAUGCUGAAGCACUUUCAUUCACAUCCCAUCCCUCUUGAGUCCGGUGGCUCUGCUGACAUUACCCUCAGAAGUUAUGUUCUUUCCCAGUACCCAUUACCUGAUUCUGGACCUUCACAAAAUAUUGGGCUUCAACAGCAGAUCUCUAGGACUGAAAUUCAACCUCAACAUUAUUCAUCAAGCUCUGGAGCAAGUAAUAUGCAGUCUGUGUCCCCUGACAUCUCUGCUUCAACCACCCAUCCUGCAUAUCACAGACUGGAAGGGACUUUGGGAGCCAGGAGCCGUAGUAACAGUGCAGAACUCUUGUUGGAAUCACCAAAUGGAAGCACAGAAGAUUAUCAUGAAAGUGAUGGAUCUCGAAACAGGACCAGAGCCAUUGAGAAUCAGUAUUCUUUUUACUAAAGAAGUUGCAACUAGACCACAGCACUACUGAUUCUUCCCUCUUAAUUCAUUACAACCCAUAUUUAAAAAGCAGCAUAUACUAAAAUAAUAAUAAAAAAUUUUUUAAGGAA